UUGUGGCCUCGUUUAGUCGUUUUCCGACGUGGAACAGUUUUAUUUUUGCCGCAUUAAUGACAGUAGAUAUCGUUUAGAUUUUAAUCACACAAAGGAAUAGAUUUUAAAAUAUUCCAGAAUAACUUUUAAUUGUAGCACGAGUCUUAAACGUUCUGCUGAAGCCAGAUGAUGAGAAAGAACUAAGUGAAAAGGCGUAAUUUUCAUUGCAUUGAAAACAGGCCUAAUUUUCAUUCAUCAAGUAAACGACGCCACUGGAAAAAGGUUUUAGCUGAUCGCAUCGAAAUUGGGUCGCACAAGAAUGGCUGUGAAUGGCGUGAACAAAAUUGAUCUAUUUGAAAAGUCAAUUCUUGAAAGCAUUGACUUCUCUGAUAACCCACUGAAAGUGGAGCAUGGGGUCUCACCCUCUAAUGCUGGAGAGAAUCUUAUCAUGAGACCUCUAAACACUGAAGAUUAUGACAAAGGAUAUUUAGAGCUUCUUACCCACUUGACAGUUGUUGGUGAUAUUUCAAAAGAAAAAUUUAUUGAAAGAUUUGCUGAAAUGAAAUCAUGUAAAGGAAGCUACUAUAUUGUAGUUAUAGAAGAUAUUUCCAAGGGAAGAAUUAUUGGAAGUGGGACUUUAGCAGUUGAAAUGAAAUAUAUUCAUAAAGCUGCUCUGAGGGGUAGAGUUGAAGAUAUUGUAGUGGACAAAAACUACAGAAAGCGUCAUCUUGGCAAAUUAAUCGUAGACACCUUGACAAUUCUCAGUCAGCAGAUUGGCUGUUAUAAAACUAGCCUAGACUGCAAAGAAGCCCUGAUUCCAUUUUAUGGCCAAUUUGGUUUUUCUAGAGAAGAAGACAGAAAUUAUUUAUGUAAACGAUUUUUUAACUGAAAAUUGUAUUGCAAAUCAUUGUCUUUGAUCAUAUUACAUGUUACUCAUGAUAUUUGUUUAUAUGGUAUUUAUAAAAUCAUGUAUUUUCUUUGUAUUUAGACAAGGGUUUUAUGAAAUGAUAGGUCUCGAUGCGGUUAUUGCUUCUAUCCACUAAUGAUUUGGAUUAAAAUUUAUGUAGAUAGUUGCGAAGGUUUAGCGAAAGAACAAGCUAUAAAAAGAUUCAAAGUUUUGUGCUUCACUUUCUCUGUGCAAAUCAGGCAGUGUAUCGUCAAAUUAUUUUUAAUGAGUAAGUUGGAAACCUUUGCCAAAAUUACUCAGAAUAUAAACUAAUGUGUUAACAAUUUUGUUCUUAUCAAUAGAUUUAAAAAGGUUUUGGGAACAUGAAAUCAUUCGUAGAUCGCUAAGUGGGAAACUUGUUUUUGAUAAUAAUAAUAAUACUUAUAGUAUUAUUAUUGCGAUGUGUUUUUUUCAGAAAGGUCCUGUUUACUCAGAUUUGUUAAGCUUUUACUCCAAAAAAAUUAAAAAAUUCGUUGAUAUUUUUAAGCGGGUGGUCAAACGCAUCCAACAUUUCACCCAACAUUUCAUCCAACAUUUCCAUCACCGUUCAUCGUCUCCGCAGCGACAUGUUUGCAGCACUGAUUCACAGAUGAUAAAAAGGCGCGUAAAACAAAAGUGAAUAAUGAUAGCUGAUUUCGAAAACAACACGUUGAAACGUAAAGCUUCCCAUUAGGCCUAUGCCUAAAUCUAGAUCGCCAUCGCUGCUGUGACUCUCCUCGUCAGUGCUACGUUCGUCCUAAUCCGCCACCCUUUCCUCAGCUAUUAAUUGUUAGAUUAUUUCAUUCGGCACUUUGCUUUUGCUUUUCAUUUUUCACUCGAUAACUUUGAAAAAAGUUGCACCCAAAUCAAUCUGGGUCUGGAUUCAUAAAGAAGUUUGAAUCAUGCGCAUGCCUAGAAAAUGAAAUGUUGGGUGAAAUGUUGGAUGGAGUGGUCAAACGCAUCCAACAUUACAUCCAACAUUGAAAAACAAAAUUUGUUUUUGACCGUGAUCAAACUUCAUCCAACAUCGGUUUGCAAAUGUUGGGUGACCCAACAUGGGUGGUCAAACGCAUCCAACAUUUCCUCCAACAUUG